GAAGCAGUCCAUAAUCUAUAGGUAGUUAGGAUAAAGCCCGUUACGUACCAAUUCUCUCAUUCGUAACGGACUCUGCUCAUACCAGAAGUUCCUAAUUUUGAAAUCCCUUCCUUUUCUUCUUAUUUGUUAGUAUAUUAAUCUGUCAGAUACCACAAGGAUAAGCGCAUUGCUCUCAGAUUGUGUACACAAGUUGAUAGAAGAGCAAGCUUUGAAUUGAGUGGAGGAGCGAAUCGAAGAGAAGCGGUGAACCGAAGAGGUAUCGAACAUUGAUCGGAAGAGGAGAGCUGACAAUGGCGGAAUCUAAUGCGUCGAAGAAGUCUCUGGUCUUUGCUUACUACGUUACUGGCCAUGGAUUUGGUCACGCCACUCGUGUUGUUGAGGUUUUAGGGUUAUCAAUCUGUGCAUUAUGCUCAUUAAUCACAAACUUCAUGUAUCAUGUUCGUGCAACUCCAUUGACAAAUUUUUUUUUUGUCCGAUUACAGGUGUUACUAGACUGCGGAGCUGUUCAGGCAGAUGCUUUGACUGUUGAUCGCCUUGCCUCCUUGGAAAAGUAUUCUCAGACUGCAGUAAUACCACGAGAUUCUAUUUUGGCAACGGAGGUGGAAUGGCUAAAGUCUAUCAAAGCUGACCUUGUGGUUUCAGAUGUUGUCCCCGUCGCAUGUCGAGCGGCAGUAAAUGCUGGAAUUCUUUCUGUUUGCGUUACAAACUUUAGCAAAAAGUCUGAGAUAGCUGAAGAUUAUUCCCACUGUGAAUUUUUGAUACGUCUACCGGGGUACUGUCCUAUGCCUGCUUUUCGUGAUGUUAUUGAUAUACCUCUUGUUGUGAGGAGGUUACACAAAUCUAGAGAAGAGGUGAGGAAAGAGCUUGGAGUUAAGGACAACAUGAAGCUAGUAAUUUUCAAUUUUGGUGGUCAGCCAGCUGGAUGGAAUUUAAAGGAGGAGUAUUUACCGGCUGGUUGGUUGUGCCUUGUCUGUGGUGCUUCAGAGAAGCAGCAGUUUCCCCCUAAUUUCAUCAAACUCCCAAAAGAUGUCUAUACCCCUGAUCUGAUUGCAGCUUCAGACUGCAUGCUUGGAAAAAUUGGGUAUGGAACAGUUAGCGAAGCUCUUGCAUAUAAGUUGCCAUUUGUGUUUGUGCGGAGAGAUUACUUUAACGAAGAACCAUUUUUGAGGAAUAUGCUUGAGUUCUACCAGAGUGGUGUUGAGAUGAUAAGGAGAGAUCUGCUGACUGGAUGCUGGAGACCCUACCUUGAGCGUGCCCUCUGCUUAAAACCAUGCUACGAUGGAGGCAUCAAUGGUGGUGAGGUGGCUGCUCAAAUACUGCAAGAUACAGCUUUAGGAAAAAAACAUUCUUCAAAUAAUCUUAGUGGAGCAAGGAGAUUGCGAGAUGCCAUAAUUCUUGGGUUUCAACUGCAAAGAGCUCCUGGUAGAGAUAUAUCUGUUCCAGAAUGGUAUAAUAUGGCAGAAACUGAACUUAGUCUUCGCUCUGCAUUACCAACUGGUCAAUUAACUCAAAUAAGUUCUCAAUGCAUAGAAGGCUUUGAAAUUCUUCAUGGGGAUCAUCUGGGCCUUUCUGAUACAGUUAGCUUCUUGAGUGGCUUGGAACAACUAGCUUCUGUAUCUGAGUCAUCUAAAAGUACCAAAAAUCCAACUAGGGAGAAUCUGGCUGCUGCUACACUAUUCAACUGGGAGGAGGAAAUCUUUGUGGCAAGGGCACCUGGGAGGCUAGAUGUAAUUGGAGGCAUCGCAGACUAUUCAGGAAGCCUUGUCUUGCUAAUGCCUACAAAAGAAGCUUGCCAUGUUGCUGUUCAGAGGAAUCACCCAAGCAAGCAAAAGCUGUGGAAGCAUGCUCAAGCUAGGCAGCAUGCCAAAGAAACCCCUAUUGUUGAAAUUGUAUCAUUUGGGUCAGAAUUAAGUAAUCGUGGGCCAACAUUUGAUAUGGACUUAUCUGAUUUCUUGGAUGGUGAGAAUCCAAUAUCCUAUGAGAAGGCAUGCAAAUACUUUGCACAGGAUCCUUCUCAAAGGUGGGCGGCAUAUGUUGCAGGGGUAAUUCUUGUACUGAUGAAAGAAUUAGGGGUUUGCUUUCAGGACAGUAUCAGCAUACUGGUUUCCUCUGCAGUUCCAGAAGGCAAGGGGGUUUCUUCUUCGGCUGCAUUGGAAGUGGCUACCUUGUCUGCUAUUGCUGCUGCACAUGGUUUGGACCUUGCUCCUAGAGAUGUUGCUUUGCUUUGCCAGAAGGUGGAGAAUCAUGUUGUUGGAGCUCCAUGUGGGGUGAUGGACCAGAUGGCUUCUGCAUGUGGCGAAGCAAACAAACUUCUUGCAAUGGUAUGCCAGCCUGCUGAGGUGCUAGGAGUUGUCGAGAUACCUGCCCAUGUUCGAUUUUGGGGGAUUGAUUCUGGAAUAAGACACAGUGUCGGUGGUUCAGAUUAUGGUUCCGUGCGAAUAGGGGCUUUCAUGGGCAGGAAGAUUAUAAAAUCGUUGGCUGCUGCAUCAUCAUCAAUCUCUUUGCCAGGAAAUAACCCUGAAGAAAUUGAGGAGGACAGCUUUGAGUUACUUGCAGAGGAGGAAUCGUUGGAUUACUUAUGCAACCUCACACCUCAUAGGUAUGAAGCUCUAUAUGCAAAUAAGAUUCCAGAGUCCACUACCGGGGAAGAAUUCAUUAAGAUGUAUAAAGAUCAUAAUGAUUCAGUCACAACAAUAGACCAAAAAGUCAGCUAUGCAGUAAGAGCACCCACUGCGCAUCCAAUUUAUGAGAACUUCCGUGUUAAGGCUUUUAAAGCAUUGCUAACAGCUGCUACUUCCGAGGAACAACUCACUGCUCUUGGGGAACUAAUGUAUCAGUGUCAUUACAGUUAUAGUAAGUGCGGACUUGGCUCCGAUGGAACAGAUAGGCUUGUAAGAUUAGUACAAAAAAUGCAACACUCUAAGAUCUCAAAAUCCGAAAACGGUACACUGUAUGGAGCAAAGAUCACUGGCGGAGGCAGUGGUGGGACUGUUUGUGUGUUUGGGAAGAAUUCCUUGAGAAGCAGUGAACAAAUUCUUCAGAUUCAGCAGAAAUACAAAGAUGACACUGGAUUUAUGCCAUAUGUCUUUGACGGUUCUUCACCGGGUGCUGGCAAGUUUGGAUAUCUAAAAAUUCGUCGCCUCACCUAUGCGAAAUCUAUUUAAUUUCCUUAAGAAAUUAUUUAUUUAUUCAUUCAGUUUGGCAUAAGAAUAUAUAUCUUGGCCGGACCAGCCAAAUAAAUGCUCUUGGAAAAAUGACAUCUAUUACCCAAUUUGCCAA